UACACGGAAGCCCGCAACCUCCGUCAGAAAUAUAUAUCACAACAGUAUGGCGACCCUUCGAAAGCCUCAGAAAGUUUCAUCAGCCUGCCAGAGAUGUCGUCAGCGUAAACUUAGCGUAUGUACAUUCGGAGGCUCAUCUUUUUUGGUCACAAUGAACCAACGCAAUGCCAGUGUGAUAAGGCAAAACCCUUGUCGAGGAUGCAUCCUCGCAGAAGUGGAAUGUUCCCCCGCAUAUAAGGAACGAAAUAUUGGGCCUAUUAAACGAAAGAGCUUUCAGGGCUAGCUACGUAAAUAUGAUAGCUUUGUAGUAUUGAUCUAGCCAAAUCAUUAGUAUUAUUGACCGACCUAGAGCUAGAAAGUCUAAGCGUGCUUGUUGUUUAAUAGCCAUACUACUCUAUUGAGCAAACAAAAAAUACGGUCAAGAUUCCAUAUCCUGAUUAAUUUGUAUUUUCUUUACAUUUUUUUUUAAAAAAACAGACUAAGCUUUGUGUAAUGCAAUUUAUUACUUGGUUGGUUUAUCUCUCU